GCCAGCUCCAGUGAAUAAGCAUCAGGGUUUUGGUGAAGUGAAUCCAGUCCCAAACAUAACUAGGUCUACAGGCAAAAGAAAACAGGGACGUAUGUGUGAAGACUGUGAACAGGCUGCCGCGGACAUCUACUGCCCGGAAUGUCAGGGAGGCCUGGCUUUAUGUAGUGGCUGCUCUGCUUUACUGCAUGCUGGGGCUUCACGCAGGAGACAUCAGCUACGGGGAGUGGACCAGGCACCGACAGUUGGGGGGUAAACCCUAUGUUCCCAGGGCGUUUCUGGCUCCAUUUUCUAUCAUUCUGGCCAUGUACAGAGCAAUGCGGAAUGAUGGACGUCUAAGUCUGACUGAAGCAGAGAUCAAGUCCCGGGCUCAACCUUUCACUGAUACAGACCUAUAUGAUAAACAACCAGGCAAGUAUGUCGGUGGGUUUGACUGUAUGGAAAACACGCUUAUGGCAAAAGGCAUCGUGAAAAAGGAGGCAGCCAGAGAACCCACGUUUGCGCUGUCAUCAUCGGGCCAGCGACUGGGAGAGAGGUUAGAAGUGUUCUCGGGUGCAUUCCACCAAUAUAUGGACAUAUGCCGGAUGCCGAAAGUCUCAAGCAUGGUCAGGCAGUGCCCAUUGCCCGGUAGACGACUUGUCCUGAUUGUUGAUGACAAUGAGAGAGAUAGGGCCCGCCUGACCCAGUUUGCAGCCGGUAAAAACCUGCCUGUACAGUCUCGACUAUUACCCGCCGGCGACUAUGUGUGGAUACUCACAUCUUCGCAGGGAUCCGAGGCAGAUACAUCAAAUGAACUGGUCUUGCCAUUUGUCAUUGAACGAAAGAGUUGGGAAGAUCUCAACAACAGCGCCAACAGCACGAGGUUCCAACGCCAAGUCAACAGUAUGCUGGGAAGUGGACUGAGGUGUUUCUACCUGGUGGAAGGAAGUAUCGCCAGUCUGAGGAACUGCAACCAACAGGGCAGGCUCAAGAGUUUGCUGAAGCAGUUAACAGUAGAGAAAGGGUUCCAUGUAAACUACACCUCAUCCUGGAUGAAGACGGCGCAAUGGCUUAUGUGGUUCUCAAAGAUUGUUGCUGAUAGUUUCUCACAAAGGGAGUUCAUGAACCAAUGCAUAUCUUACAAGGAGUAUGCGUCGCGUGUUGCCCGAAACCGUCAGGCAGCCAAUGAAAACACAGCAUUUAGAAACAGCACAAAACAAGCCCAUGUCUGGCAUGCUCAGAAUUUUGUAGACAAUAUUAUCAGGGAUGGACAGGAGGAUCGGCCAUUUAAGGAGGCCCUUCAGGUUGAUCUUGGUCUGGAAAAAAGGGGCCUUACUCACCUGCUGGUCAUUCAGGGCCUCGAACAAUACAACAAGCGACGUCAGUCCACUCUCAACAAGUGCUGCGAGACGGUGAAUGAGCAUCCGGGUUCGGCAGACGACAUUGUGCUUGAAAAUGUCGGGCAUGCCAUCCAUACCAUGGUCCACUAUGAUGUUACGUCAUACUGGCAGCUGUAUAUGCAGGUCACUUGUGGCAUUUUCAUCGUGAGGACUGAGAAUGCAGGUGACACGGAAGGAAUUCAGCAGGCUUUUCUGAACAUUUACUCUAUGGUACAGCCAUUAGCGCAGCAAGCAGAGCUGGGGAAAUUCAGGGCUAAUCACAUUGGAAAGCCACGACAAAAGAUGACUCCACAUGUGACAGUAAAAGCUCCUGUCGGUCAGUACCACACUGCAGAUGAACCUAUUAUCAUGAAUAGGAAACAGCCAUCAGACCAACCUGAUGUUUACCAACCAAGAAUAACAACCCAUAUUUGUAAUGGUAACGACAGGACAAACUUCAGACAAACACCAGGAGGGGCGAAACACGUUGACGAUGGCACACGAAGAAAACCUGUGACAUCAAGUAUUAAAAAUGAUUCUUUGUACCCAAGUUGUUUUGAACCAGUUUGUAUACCAGAUCCACAGGCAGAUAGUGUGAUAAACUAUGGAGUGGAGAGACGUUCUUUAAGCUCCGGAGUUACAAAGAGUGAUGAUGUACAGAUACUAGACGUACAGCCGUUUGCUGGGCAAGGCUACUGUCUAGGAUCAGGAUUGUCAAAGGCUCGAUUCGUCAAUAAUGGUCUUGGUGUUACGCCUAAAACUGGGAAAGGAGGGAUGGCAACAAGGCAGACCAGAAAUGAUACAUGUAAAGCAGGAACAUGUGGAGCAGAAAUAAACAUGAUGGUAGACAAUCAGGAAAACGUCCAAAGCCCGGGAAAUGGGCUUUCGGAGAAAGACUUCAUUGACUCACAGAAUGAAGAUCUCAUUAUGUCACAGGUUAUUGCCCAGAGUGCAAAAGAAGAUUUUCCCAUGACAACAGAAGAUGAGAUGUUGAAACUUGCUCUGGAGAUAAGCAGACAAAAUACAGGACUUAAGGAUUCCACAGUUGCAAAGCAACAACUGGGUGUCCACAGACCCAUCUUAGCUAGUCCGGGUUUGAAUAUUGGCACGACCUCAGGUGUUUGUGGUGAAGAGCGCACAGACUUUGUUACAGAUAGACCAAAAAUAAGUAUGCACAACUCAACAGAAUCUUGUGGCAUUGAAAACUCCAGAAUAGCUAAGCAGGAAUUGAAUGAUCUUAAUUUCACAGGUGAUAGGGGUGAAGAUUUUAUAGGCAAACUAACCAAGCUCACUGAAGAAGAACAAUUACAGUUAGCCAUUGAAAAAAGUAAAAUUGAGUGUCAUGGUAACACUAUUGUAGGACAUGACUUGUCAGAAAGGGACUUCUCUAGAGAAGUUGAUGGAGAUGUGUUUGAUAAAGAACAAAAUUUUGCAUUUGGCUUGAACAAAGGUAUCAGAAAAGGGCCAGUUGGGUCUAAUGAUGAAAUUGAUGACAAAGAUGAUAAAUUAAACAAAAUACAUGUGGAAGAAGAUGAAGAAGAGCAGAUGAAGCUGGCAAUGGAGUUAAGUAAACAGGAUACCAACAAAAACAGUUUUGAUAAACCUGAAGACGAACAUGACUUGGAAUUUGCUUUAAAAGACAGUGAAGUUCAAAAUGAAAAGAAUAGAGCAAAACGUGAUAUUUUUAAAAAAACAGAUCGAACUUGCAAUAUACAACAGUAGAAAAUAUGAUGGUAUUACACAUGAAGCAGAUAAAACCCACCUUGGCAAACGAGUGCAUACUAUUGAGAAGAUACCAGACAGUGAUAAAAACCUAGGUUCAGAAGAAAGUGAGGCCAAACAAUUGCAUGAA